UCUUUUUCCGCGCCCCCCCCGCCUGUCUGACGCGCGGUGCCUUGUGGGAAGAAGGAAGCGUUCCGCCGUCUUGUUGUUUUCCUUCUCGACUCGGGGCCGCUAAUCGCGGGGGGAUCGAAGCCAAGAUGCCGGAGCGGGACAGUGAACCGUUCUCCAAUCCUCUGGCUCCAGAUGGCCAUGAGAUGGAUGAUUCUCAUUCAUUUCAUCAAUCUAAACUAACCAAUGAAGACUUCCGCAAGCUUCUUAUGACCCCACGGGCAGCACCAACAUCUGCACCACCUUCCAAAUCUCGCCAUCAUGAGAUGCCUCGUGAAUACAAUGAAGAUGAAGAUCCAGCUGCCCGCAGAAGAAAGAAAAAAAGCUACUAUGCAAAGCUACGGCAACAAGAGAUUGAGCGAGAGAGGGAGCUGGCUGAGAAGUAUAGAGACCGUGCCAAGGAGAGAAGAGAUGGUGUGAAUAAGGACUAUGAAGAAACAGAGCUGAUUAGCACAACUGCCAACUAUAGGGCAGUAGGACCCACCGCGGAAGCGGAUAAAUCAGCUGCAGAAAAAAGGCGGCAGUUGAUUCAGGAGUCCAAAUUCUUGGGUGGUGACAUGGAGCAUACUCACUUGGUGAAGGGUCUGGAUUUUGCUUUGCUGCAGAAGGUCCGUGCUGAGAUUGCCAGCAAAGAAAAGGAAGAAGAGGAAAUGAUGGAAAAGCCCCAGAAAGAAACUAAAAAGGAUGAAGAUCCAGAAAACAAAAUUGAAUUCAAGUCUCGUUUGGGUCGUAACAUCUACCGGAUGCUGUUCAAGAAUAAGUCAUAUGAACGGAAUGAGCUGUUCCUGCCAGGAAGGAUGGCCUAUGUGGUGGAUCUUGAUGAUGAAUAUGCAGACACAGAUAUCCCCACAACUUUGAUCCGAAGCAAGGCUGAUUGUCCUACCAUGGAGGCUCAGACCACUCUGACUACAAAUGACAUUGUUAUCAGCAAACUUACCCAGAUUCUUUCCUACCUGAGGCAGGGCACCCGCAACAAAAAGCUCAAGAAGAAGGACAAAGGAAAACUGGAUGAGAAGAAGCCACCAGAAGCGGACAUGAAUAUUUUUGAGGACAUUGGAGAUUAUGUGCCAUCUGCGGCAAAGGUGCCUCGAGAGAAGGAGCGUGAGAGAUACAGGGAACGUGAGCGAGAGAGAGAACGAGAGAGGGAACAUGAGCGAGAUCGUGAACGAGACAGAGAGAGGGAACGGGAACGUGAGGAAGAGAAGAAAAGACACAGCUACUUUGAGAAACCCAAAGCUGAUGAUGAGCCUUUGGACGUUGAUAAAGGACCUGGCUCAGCCAAAGAGUUGAUUAAAUCAAUUAAUGAGAAGUUUGCUGGUGCUGGUGGCUGGGAAGGGACAGAGUCUUUGAAAAAAACUGAAGACAAAAAGCAACUGGGUGACUUCUUUGGGAUGUCAAACAGCUAUGCUGAAUGCUACCCUGCAACAAUGGAUGACAUGGCAGUGGACAGUGACGAAGAAGUAGACUACAGCAAAAUGGAUCAGGGAAACAAAAAAGGGCCCCUUGGCCGGUGGGACUUUGACACACAGGAAGAGUACAGCGAGUAUAUGAACAACAAAGAAGCUCUGCCCAAAGCGGCAUUCCAGUAUGGAAUCAAGAUGUCUGAAGGACGCAAGACCCGUCGAUUCAAAGAGACCAAUGACAAGGCUGAAUUGGAUCGGCAAUGGAAGAAGAUCAGUGCAAUAAUCGAGAAAAGAAAGAAGAUGGAGGCUGAUGGGGUUGAGGUGAAGAGACCAAAGUAUUGAAGCUUCCAUCCUUUUGGCUGUAUUCCUGAAGUCAAGCUACAGCAGGGAUGUGGCUGUGAUGGAAGUGUUUUGAAGUUCUUCUGCUCUGGAGCAAAGCCAGUUGGAUGCCUGUGUUCAGCAUUGUGUGGGGCCCAGAAAGGGCCCAGAUUCUGAAGAGCCUUGGAGACUCUGUAUUGUCUUUUAUUUCCUGCAGCAGUGCCUGUUUUACAGGAACCUGCACUUUAGAUUUUGUGAUUUGUGAUUCUUGUACAUGCAAUAAAAUCUGCACUAACAUUUACGUUA